AUGGACUUCAACAUGGCAGAUGGAACUUUCAUCAUCCAGGUGAAGUCUCAUGGUGCUGUCAAACAACCUGGUCUCAUAAUUUUUCAGAAUAACCUACUCUUAGAAUGCUUUACCAUAAAGGACCUAGGUUUAAUUUAUACAAAUAAACCUGCUUUAUCACCUCAUGCAGAUAGAAUCUCUGCCAAAGCCGUACAGAUAUGCGGGUUCAUAUCGCAUAAUUUUUCCUUCCGGAUAUGAAGCUAAGACUUUAUCAAAUGUUUGUUCUCCCUGUCCUCGAAUACUGCUAUUCUCUGUUUGGUUUAAUGAACACCUGCGACCGUAAUAAGGUCCAUAAUGUUCAAAGGGUUUUCACUUGGAAACCGUUCGACCGGUAUUUCUUACACUCAUACAUGUCAGCUGCCAAACAUCAGCAUUUUGUGGGUUAGAAGACUCGAAAUUGGUCUUUGCUUCAUUUUCCGUAUUACCUCUAGCUCCAAUCUUACGCUCAUCGACACUCUCACUCCGAGAGAUCGGUCUUAUGUCAUGCACAACUUCUCCGUGGGAAUUCCGCCGCCUCUUUGCACUACAUCUAAGCGCCCCCUCUUUUUUUGUUUCCAAAUAUGCCUUCCUUUGGAAUAAUCGUCUGCCAUAAAUUAGGUCACCUCCCAAGUUAUCGUUAUUCAAAUCGAAAUUUCGCAAAAACAUUACACCGGAAAAUAUAGAGGCACUUUUAACGGUCUCAUUCAAGAACACUCAGCUUCUUCACUUUGGGAUAGUCCUUCUGGGAUUUAGUGGUAGAUCAAGUGGAAAUCCUAACUUAUGUCUUUGCGACCCUCUGUUUUGAAUUGGCCACUAAAUCCACUAUUAUCACCCUUCCCCUGCGGUUCUUGACGUCAUCUCCUAAUUUGGGCCUCAAGCGGUCUGAAAACGCUCAUGGCGGAACCCUCUGUAUUCGUCGUCUACUAGUAGUUUGGUCGUACCUUCCUUGCCCACUUCUCAGCCGGGCUCGAAGCUGACUGCGAACGAUCACGUCUGGGUUCCUCUCGUCUGGCCAUUUUGACGCGAAUAGUCUCAUUCGGCGUAUCAAUCCAGUCCGGACGAUGUCCCUUUGAAUUCCUUACACAAUACCAGUCCUGUCUGAUCCGCAUACCUACUCCCCCAAGGCUGCCACUUAUUUGUCCUUCCAUGAGUAACUGUUUUUUUCUUCUUAAAGUUUAUCCAGCCACUUUUUUUAUCCUAGAGUGGAGUUUUUUUCACUGCUCGCUUGUCAUUCUUCUUAACGGACUACUAAUUCGGGAACUAUGAAUUUCAUGUUGUGCAGAAUCUGCCUACCUCGUCCGAAAUUCGUCCGGAAAUUUAUUUUUACUUGCUAUGUCCACCCCGGUGGAUCUUUAAUAAGAUUAGUUUAUUUAUAUCGCAUGCUCCAGAAUGCAUGGUGGGAUUUUGUCCGUCACAUAGAAGUCGGUAUUAGAUAGUUGCUUGACAACUCGCUCGUCAACUUCUUUACUAAAACAUAUUCAACCGAGUGUACAUUCUGCGAUCUCGGGGGUUAAUUGAUCGGUUUUUAUUUGACUCUAUAGUUAACUAAGAAAUAUCUUGAAAAGUCAAUUUGGCAAACACGCGUUUUCGGUAAAUCCUUGGUCAGGCCAAUACAAUUACAUGGAGGAAUGAAAAUCUGCAAAAAGGCCAUUUGUCUAGCAAAGAGUAUGUAUGACUGAGACUGGUGGGCUCGACAAUACCAAGAAUUUACGACCUUCCUAAAAUUCACAAACAAGGGCUGCCUCUACUUCCAAUCUUGGAUAUGAGGAAUUCGCCCUAUCAUACCGUUGCAAAAAUGACUAGUGGAAAGACUAAAGCCAUUGCAAAGUUAUCUAUGCCCUCGAAGUUUAAAAGACUCCUUUGAUUUCGUCGAAGCUAUCAAAAAUAUUAAAGUUGGCGGACGGAGGAUGUUAUCAUUGGAUGUAUCAUCGCUGUUUACCAACGUACCCGUGGCAGAAACAAUAAACUAUCUUUGUGAUGUUAUUCGUGAUACGAGCUACCUCAUAAACAUGCCUGUUAAAACGCUGAAAGAACUACCGACGCGUUGCACACCAAAUGUCCAAUUUCUGCGCAAUGGUCAACUUUACAGGCAGGUAGGUGGUGUGGCAAUGGGAUCACCGCUCGGACCGUUCCUUGCAAAUGUUUUUAUGGGCAAAGUCGAGAAAACAAGCUUGUAAGAGAACAUUUAUGGCCACGUCUUCUACGGUCGGCACGUGGACGAUAUCUUCUGCCUGGCGGAUGGUACCACCGAUACCGAGGAGCUUGUUCGAAAGUUCAACAGUGCGCACCCCUCGCUAAAGUUCACUGCAGAGGCCGAGGCAGAUAACGACCUUGCCUUUCUCGAUGUCCUUCUGCACAGGCAAGAGGAUGGGUCUAUCCAGCGCAGGGUGUUCCGAAAGAAAACCUGGACGGGACAAUACGUUAAUUUCCACAGUUUUAUUCCCCUAAACAUCAAACGUAAUUUGGUCCGGGGAUUGGCGGCUAGAGUUAGACGCACCUGCUCACCCGAAGCUAUUGAAGAAAAGUUCAACAGCUGCUGAACACACUUCGGGAAAACGGAUACCCAGAUAGAUUUAUCCUCCGAAAUAUUGGGGAACGCGCCGAAAGGGCCACUGUUGCGACUGUGGAAAAUAAAGAUGUAUUCAUAAGACUGCCUUUUUCAGGGGACGCAGCAAGCGAACUAGUCAGACGGCGCUUAAAUACAACUAUUACGAGGGCAUUCCCCGCGGCGAAUUUACGCGUAUGCUUCACAGACUCUCCCCUCCUACGUUUGGGAGGCAAAGACAGACUACCGUUGGAGGCCACAUCAAUGUGCAUUUAUUCAUUCACUUGCUCCUGUGAAACAAGAUACAUCGGCCGCACAACGAGCCGCCUGGUAGAGGGUGCCCGCCUGGCUAGACAGAGGUGAGACCCGGUCGAUUUCGAGUUCUAUUCUCGCACAUUUAAUCGAUGCGAAUCACCGAGUCGAUGCCAAGGAAGCAUUUCAGGUUGUCUACCGGACACCCACACGCUUCUCUAAAGGCCUACGCCAACGGAUACUAGCAACGGUCGAGGCAGUAGCUAUACGAUUAGCGAAUCCGGUGUUAUGCUCUCAGAAAAGUCUGACACAAGCGCUCUCUGCCCUAGCCAACGCCAGCCCCAAGUGAUGAAGCCAUGCCGCCUCAAAUCCCUAAUUACGGUGAUGGGUACUCUGUGUACUCAAUCCAAGAACACCACUCAAAGACUCUCUUACCCCAUUCCCCUAGCUCUGAGGACCAGCACCCGCCGACCUCGUCAAGCCGGCGGCGUUGAGAUGAUGGGUGUUAAUGACAUACUGGCCCUUGAGACAUCUAUAAUUACUACUGGCUUUUUACAUUUUCAUUCCUUCAUGUAAUUGUAUUGACCUGACGAAGAAUUACUGAAAACGUGUGUUUUCCAACUUGACUUUUCAAGGGUAACAUGGGAAUAUUUGCGGAACUUAGACAAUCCUAAGAAAUAUCUAUUUAAUACAUAUGUUAUCUGGUUGUCGUUUGUUAUUUCUUGUCCUAGUUCGUCGAUCACGAUUUUGGGUCCUUACUUUCGGCGGGUAUUCGUUUGUUUCUGACACAUUUGAGCUGUUUGUUAGGUGGACUCCAGUUCCCGAACUUUGCUGCUAUAGUCUUUUUGUUUCCGUGUAGUAACUAGAUGGUGAAUCCUUCCAAUUCAUCGGAUUUUAGAUAAAUAACUUACAGAGGGCUCGUGUAGCAAUUUCAUUACUUUUUUUAUUUUUUGCAGAGAAGUUUGGAACUAGUGAUUUCUUGAACCGGGAUCUUUCGUCUUUUAAGGUGUCCCGAAUUAUGAGUAGGGCAGAAUAGAAGCGGUUACCUGCUUCCAUAGUGGACGUUAUUAUGUGAUAUGGGCUCCAGUCUUAUUACCUAAUAUGGUUAUUCAUGAAGUCGUUGCCAAGUGUUUUUGGAUUUAUCCGAGUGUUACAAAAAUCAGGUAAUAGUCUUGCACUAAGAGGGAGCAUUGGUAUCACUUCUUUCCGGUCCCUUCCGAAGGUUACGCAUUCGUAGUAAAAAUGGAGGGACCAGAUGUAGUUUUUGAAAAUAAUGCCUAAUAUUUCUUCUCCUCGAGUAAGCCUGUCGACUAUUUGUGUCAAGUCAUAAAGAAUAAUUGAAGAUCACGGUUCAUCGUGCCUAGAAGGGGUUGCUUAAUGGACCGAGUUUAUUUCUGGACGGCUUAGGUCACCUGCAAUUAUCUUGUAUUUAGUUUCAAUGUUAGAUAUAUCGUCUAUUAGAUGGUUGAGACCUGUGUCAUCAAAACUACAUCCUGGAGGGUAGCAGAGGCAUCCAACUAGUAUUUUUUCGUGGGUCUGAGAUUGUUUUGCGGCAAAACACGCUUCCCCAUCGAAGUAGUCUGCUGGAACAUGAAGAUAAUUUUGGUAGUUUUGAUGUAGAUCAGACAACCCCCGCCUCGGUUGCUAACACAGUCCUUCCGAUAGAAGUUAUAAUUGGAACAUAUGGCGAAGCAUUCGAUAUCAUUUCAUUUGCCCAUGUCUCUGUAAUGCAAAUUAUAUCGGGGUUAUAUAUUACAACGAAAGCUCUAAGUUGGAAAAUUCUGUGGAUUAUCGAUAUCGCAUUUAUAAGGGCUACACUUAGGAUGCUGGAUAUAUAAAAAUUGUUGGUUAAAGCCAAGGCGCACAACUCAAUUUCAAAGAAAAAUUGAAGCUUUGUCUAUACUUUGAUAUUCUUAAGCAAUUAAUGCCUAUUUUUAACUUGAGUCCUUUUUAAAUGUCGCUUUUCACGGUCAGCUGUUAUUUUUUCCAGUCUUAUCAGACAGUCUGGUAAAGUAGCAUAAGUCGGGUUUAUCCCGCCGUAUAAAGGCUGCCUCCAGGUAGCGCAGUAACCUUUAAGGGCGACAACAUCUAUAAUACCAUCAAGCGGCGAUUGAGAUACGCUAUUGAAAUAACUUACAACUCAGCUGAACUCAUCUUCUACAGUCCUACUAAGGCCAUCGAAGUUCCACGGGCGAAGGAUGUCUUGCCAUUGCACGCCACGUCAAAUUGUGUUUACGAAUUUUUAUGCACUUGUGGAUGUAAGUACAUUGGGCGAACGCAAAGGCAACUGGCAGCCAGAGUAGUUGAGCACCUGCCUAAAUGGCUUCUAAAGCAGGGGAAUAAGACUCCACGGUCUUCUAUUACAAAACAACUCCUUGAUAGUGGCCAUUCGGUGGACCCCAAAAGUAGCAUAGUGUUGUACUGCGAAACAUUCCGAGUCAAUUAUCUGCUAUAGAGGGAGCGCAUUUGUUCCUGCAAGGUUGUUGUUUGGGUCUCAUUGCCGCACAAACUAGACGACUGCGCUCGCUCAGCCGUAAAACGCCGAUACUUUUUACACUUUUCUCCUUGAUAGGAGUCGACUUUAUCUUGUCGAGGAAGAAUGUAAUUAGAGAAUUCUGUCGUAAAUUGCGCUGCCCCGUCUGGCCGGACCUCACACCAUUGCAGCGAAGACUCAACAAAUUGAAAUUGUAAAAAAUCAACUCCGACAUAAUGACACCUAUUGUCCGUUUGAAUAAGUCUUCUUCAUCAUCAUCUGCGGCCUCUGCACGUCACGGCAUAGUCAAUUCCGUACGGAAUUCGACUACCCCUGAUGCUAAGGUCUUUGGACGCAUCAACACGCCUGGUAUAAGCACGCCCCCACCGACUCCACCAGCAAACCCUAACAAGCAUAUGUAUUUGCCGAAGUCAAAGGCGAAUUAAAUUAUCGUCUCAGCCACUCGGACACCUGGUAAAUCCAGCCGCAUUAUGAAAUCUUUUCUUCCGCAGUCGCCUAACAAUACCUCAAAUACAACGGCCCAAAACGUAGCGUGUUUUCAACUACCCCCUAGCCCUCAUAUCGAGUCGGCUAAGCCGAAUAUGCCGACAUUCCCGCCUUCUAAUAGAAUCCAUGUUCCAGUGGGAGCAGUGCAUCCGCCACCCACCCAUCGUUUUACCAAUGCAUUCCUCGUGCUAAUGUCUAUACUGGGUCAUUUAACUCAUCCUUUCCUCAGUUGCGUUCCGGUGGGAAAAUGUUACAAUAUUCGGCCAGGGGAUUUCCAGCUAAAAAUGGACUAGCUAAUAAUGGUCACCAGUUUCGCUGCCCGUCAUUUCCACCCCUAAUCCUACUCAUUUUUAUUCGCGUCAGAAUCUUGUCAUGCCACAAAAAGUUUUGCAGAAUCCGAUGGAUACAUCCGUGGGCAGCCAAGCACUGGACGACGUAGCCCGCCACCCACAGAAACAAACAGCCUUUCUCCUCAAACCUUUUGUUUUAAAUGCCAGAUCCUUGCUAAAUAAGAUUCCUUUGCUUCCGACUCCGGUGUUCGUCCAUUGCCAAGAUGUUGUUUUAGUAACUGAGACAUGGGCAUCAGCUUCCUUAGCGCAUCCCGAACUCUCUAUUCUAGGCUAUGCUUGCAUUCGAAAUGAUCGUCAAGACAGCCGUUAAGCAAACAAUUACAUUUCUGCCGCUGGACCUCCCGCAUUUUUCCGCAGUAGAAGGCAGCUUCUGGCUGCAGGUUGCAUUAAAAUAUGAGUUCUCCUUACUCGUUGGCUGGGUCUAUCGCCCUCCCAACGUCAAUGACAAUUUUGAUCGUUUACUCACACUGGUAGUUCAUGCUGCGACCGACUUAAGCCUUAAGUAUCAAUUGGUUGCGGGUGACUUCAAACUUCCUGAAGUCCGCUCGUCUCCGCCCUUUAGCGCCAGAAGGUUGGAAAACUUACUUGAGACGGUGAAUGUUCGCAUGAUGAGUCAGGUUGUCGAUUUUCCCACUUGUUGAUCAAUAAUACUUGAUCUAAUGUUCUGUGGAGGUUGCAUGCCUCUGUCAGUGUCAUCCAUAGGACCACUCGGGACACCGAUCAUGACAUAGUUGUUCCAUCAUUAGAACUCGAGGCUGAAAAAGUUUUGUCCUGAAAAUAUAGCGUCUUGUUCGAUUUCCAAUCAGUUGCACUGCUAAACUGUACUAAAUUUGGGAUCCGCAUACUUCUCGUUUUUUCUCCGUGAGAAAAUAAAAAAUGUCGGGGAUAAGGUUUUCCUCCCCUUACCCUUUCGCUGUAGGUUUCGCAGACUUUCUCGUCGAUUCCAUCUUCAGAACGACGUUUUCGUUGUGACCUCAAUUUGUGCUAUUCUGAGCGGGCUAAGAGAUUGUCUGAAAAAAACAGCUAGCCGAAGAAGUCCAAUUCACUGAAAACCGUUCGUUAAAUGUCUCGAAACUUUCCUCCCGCAAAGUACGAGCCCACAAAAAGACGCAGCAUCCCAACCUUCGAGACGCUCUCAGGAAUCCUAUAGCUGAUGCCCACUUAGUCGCUGACAGUUUCAAUGCUUUCCUAUACAAAAAGUAUAUUGAAGUCUCGACCACUCCGAUUCCGCUUCCGACAAUCGAGUCGUUGACCGUGACGGUUCGCGAAACUAUGAUUUUCACUUUGUGGGAUGUGACUGUUGCGAUUCGGCGACUUCAUCGAUCUCAUAGCCCUGGACCUGAUAGUGUCUCAGUAAGCAUUCUAAAAGCGGAUGCAAAUACAAUUUUCCCAUCCCUCUUAUGAAAGAUAUUUAAUCUCGCUCUUGAAAGUGAAACCCAUCCCACUUGGUGGAAGGAAUCACACAUUUGCUUAGUCCCAAACAUGGUCAAUCUACGUCAUUUGAUGACUGUCGGCCAAUAAACACCCUCCGUACAGUUUCGAAGAUCUUAGAGACAUUGAUCAAAGAGAAGAUGAUGUGUCACUUAACAAAGAAUAGUAUACUGAGCGCCGCUUAGCAUGGACUCCUUAAAGCUCGGUCUUGUGACACCUCUCAGCUCUCAAUCUUUGAUCAUAUUCUCUAAUCCAGGGACAAUGAUCUUGCACUUUACGCAGUAUAAUUCGAUUUCACUAAGGCUUUUGAUCGUGUUGACAAUGCUCUUCUUCUGUUAAAAUUAUCCUUUUUCGGCAUAUGUUGCAAACUUCUGAAUUGUAUAUCCACUUACCUGGGCGCAGGUACACAACGAGUUAAGAUUUCCACUGCUUUCUCCAAUGUCACAUGUGUGGGGAGUGGAGUCAUUCAGGGUAGUUUACUCGGCCGCUUUUAUGCUGUCCUUUUGUUAACGAUGUACCAGAUUUAUUUCAGAAUGGUGAGCCUUUUAUGUAUGCCGAUUAUUUGAAAGUUUCACAUAUGUACGCGCCGGCAGAUCGUUACGUCUUGUUUGAGAUCCUAAAGAACGAGCUACAUUCCCUUGCCCAGUGUUGCUGCACAUGGCGCCUUUCCCUGUCUUGGCAUAAGUGCUCAGUCAUGGUGGUUGGCGACGACCACCAACCUCAACUAAGAAUUGACGAUCACGACAUAAAUGUAUCAACCUUUCGGAACACUGCGCCCUGAUAGUCUCCAAAGCACGUAGAACGACCGGGUUUAUUCUUCGAAACUUUAAAACCAGCGAAAUUUAAAUGCGCAUUUAUAACAUGUACGUUAGACCUGGCCUGGGAUACUGUUCGUUUUUAUUUAGCCUCAUGGGUGCUGCUGAGCGGAAGAAAAUAGAAUCCGUUCAACACUUUUUUACCAAGAGAGUUUUAACCACGAACACUGACAUUUGUCUCACGAAUAACGUUACGGGCUUAUAGACCUUCCUCCUCUAUGGUUUCGUAGAUUACAAAAGGGACCAUUUUUACCAUUUAAGCUUUAAUAUAAUAGUACCUUUAACUCACUCACUGCUUAAGGACAUCAUGUCCACCCCCGACGUAACAGUCAACGUGAGGUCUAUUUGUUUCUUCCUCUGGCACAUACCGUUAAAUAUCGUGCGUGCUUUCCUGUAAAUGCACUUGUUUUUUGAAAUAUGCUACCCAGGAAUGUGAAAAUUCUGCAAGAUUAUCUUUUAUGAGAAAUAGGGUACUCAAAGGCUUACGCCUAUUUCCCUCAAUAAACUGAACUGAACUAUUACUCGAUUUCUGCAUUCAGAAAACCCACAAAUUUUGGCGCUGAAUUCACGGAUUGACUAUACCGUAGCGACGGCGUUUGUGGUCUCUGAUCUCUAUGUCCGGUCUCAUCAGGGACAAUUUCUUUAGCCAACAGUAACAGCUGUUCUUCGGCGAUUCGGAUCGGACCAGCCCCAACCUCAUGAAAAGAAUUGGCGACUGAUAAUAUCCAAUGCAGUGCCACCCAUCCCUUCCUCGACUGUCUUCAUUUCAUGACCAGCAGAUUUUUUCUCCCGAAAUCUCCGAAUUAUACAAAACCACCAUCCACUUUAUUUAAUUAUCUGAAUUUUUUUCACUUCUGGCCGGAUUUGUGCUUAAUCUUUUCUUGACGGUGCCCCUAAACUGCAAUCAAAUGCUAUUAUUAUUCACGCAGAAGAACCACUUCUCCGAAAUUUCUCUUCAAUAUGCUUAAAAAAUACUAAAGGAACCGCCACACGAGCCCUCUGUAAGUUAUUCUCCAUGUUCCGAUGAAUUAGAAAAUUUCACGAUCUCGUUACUAGCACGGAAACAAAAAGGCCUUGACCUUGCUUAUAAGCAGUCACCCAAAACCAAUGGAGUCAAAGUGCAGCAGAAAUGGAUGAUUCCAGUUUAGAUUUUUCCUGUGUUCACAGAAGACUGACGUUGUCCAAGAUGUGCUUUAAUAAACCUACACUAUUCUAUUCAGUCAGAAUUUUUUGAUUUCAUCGUUUUCUGCCAAUUUUUGCUCGAUAAUCUGUUUUGGAGUCUGGGUGUACGGUGUAAUUUUUCAGCUCUACUGUUAUAGGAUUGUUUUCUUCGAGAUACAUCACAGUUUACCUUAAAAGUCUGCUUCCACUUUCGCAUUGCCCAAUUUUACCGAUCUGAGUCGCAAAUACACACGGAAAUUUUUCAAGGAGUCACAGACUUCGGAAGAUAUGGCUGUCGUUCUGCUAGAAUGUGUCUCCGUUCGAGGAAAAUCGCAAGUACUGGGAGUCCUCACGCAGGAUACAAAAGCAGAGGUUACAGUCAAGGCAGACGUCGGACGAUAAACCAUCAGAAGCACCAAGUCUUAAAGCUCAGGAUUCAUAAAUGACUAAAAAAGGUUAAACCAGAAGCUUAAUAAACAAAAAAGUUGUAUACAUCACUAGUCCUUUCUUUUACAUCCGGUGGUAUUUUUACGAAUAAUAAUUAUUGCAUAAGAAUCCCCGGGCCUUCGAAUAGUUACGACCUUCCUGUCACUUUGGUCCUUGUGGGCGGAGCCUGCAAACCUGUGUAAUAAUCGGCAAGGUCCUAAGGAGUUAAUACGCGCGGUUUUCUUAUUUACAGACACAGUUCGGUAAUGUCGUUCGUGGGGAGACGACUCUUCCGCAAAAAAAUCACUGACAAUCCCAGCAUUCCCAAAAUAAAGAUUUCACAACCUGCAGUCACUCCAGAUACCGUAUUAGCCCUGUCAAAACCAACUAAUGGUAAUAUUUUUCUCGUUUUUCAAUUGCAGGUUAUCUUUGCCCGAAUUCGGCAAAUAUAUAUGGUAUAGAGUUUACCCAUUUCACCCUGAGAGAUAUAACUUCUAACAGCAUCAUUGUUGACAUUGCAAAGCCCAGCACAGGUAAUAAUGUCACUAGUGAACACUGUAAAAAGAACUAGGAUCAUUUCCAAACGCGAACGGGAUCGUGCGGUACAACUUCCCUGCCAGUUUCCUUUCGCUUAAAACGAUUGGUGCAACGUUAGUACAAUAGUUGUGCUUAUUUUUAGUGUCGAGUUUCAGGUCAAUGAUCAAAAAAUCCCAAAUCUUCGCAUGAUUGAAAGGCAUUUUUUCAAAGACAGACUUCUUAAGUCGUUUGAUUUUAAUUUCGGAUUCAUCAUACCUGGCUCAAAAAAUACAGUGGAACAUAUUUACGAAUUUCCCGAGCUAAAUGCUGCUGAUGGUCUGCAUUUCGUAUUUAUACAUUGCAAUUUGUCUAGUUCAAGAAAUGAUAUACUGCCCUAACGAAACAAGAUCAGACAGCUUCUACUUUGUGAACGACACUCUCGUAAUGCAUAACAAGGCCGAAUAUUCCUAUCGCGAAUGA